AUGCGAGCCACAACACACGGGCAGAGAACAGAGGACCAUGACGACCAGGAUCCGGCCAAGAUCUGCAGCUUGACACAUGUUCAGGUUUGGACCUUCCGUCAAAGGAGGUUUUCCGGCCCCCACGUAACUCGGCCAGAUCCAUCCAUUCUCCUGCUGCAGGACUCCAAACAAACAUUUACAUGGCUGUCGUCUACGGUAGACUACUCGCACAUGACUUUCCUUGCUUCACAGCGCAUCCACCGCAUCCACGUCAUCGAUCACUUGCUGCUUACCAUUUCACCUUCAAGGACUAGAGUAUGCCCUCACCAGACUCGACAGCAGGAAUAUCCCGGCCCAAAUCCAAGGCAGGAGAGCGUUUUCGACCUCAUUCAAGACAUUGAACAUGAUCAACGUGAUCAACAUGUCCCCAGCAGCGGCAGAAGCGCACCACCCUGUGAUGGCAAACAACCGCGCCAUCCACUGCCCGAGCCCAAUUGCCCCAGUACGGAAGACGUCCGUUACCCCCAACUCCCCUCGCGCAUGCGCACCUCUCCGGCGCCGCAGAGCACAAACACCAUGAGAACCAUGCGCAGCUACGACGACUUCACCCGCGACGCCGACGACGCCGACACAGCCAUCGCCGACCCGACCGCCACCACCACCGACGACGACGACCGGCGCAAACGGACCAAAACGACGCACGCCGCAUCCCGCAUCUGCUACGACUGGAUGAUCGUCUUGGGGAACUGCCACUACGCGCGCGACCGCGCCUCCUUCACACACUACCGGGCGAUGCCGCGCCGGACGCUCGUCAAGAACAACAUCUUCAAUCCGCACGAGGAGCUGGAGGUGGCUGGGGUAGGGACCGUCGAGCUACGCGUGUGCCGGACAGUGCGGGACGGGGGCGCCAGCUCGCACGUGCUCGUGCUGGAGGACGUGCUGCAUAUCCCCGAGGCGGUCUGUAAUGGGUUCAAUCCGUUGCUGUAUGGGAGUAGCAUGUCGUGUAACAUGGAGUACUGGGAAGGGGCGGAUCGGCGCGGGGAGCCGGUUUGGUUUGCGGUGCCGUAUGCUGGGGGCACCAGGUUGGUGCUUGCGGGGAAUCCCAAGGGAGCGUCGGAGCUGAUUCAGGGGAGGUAUUAUACGUUGAGUUUGUCCAUUACGCCGCAGGAGAGGAGGGAGAUCUUUGACGCGAUGGCUUGCUGA